AUGGAGAUGUACUGGCCGCAGCAUGACAUGCACCGAACACGGAUACCGCUGUAUGAGAACAGCAGACGCCAUGUGAUAUGGGACUACCGCAUGCAAAGAUGGAUGGUGAUGUGGUAUCGCCAUGGCAUGCAGGUGUUCCGCUGGUUCAGCGGCCGAGGGGGCAAAUUCGAACAAGGGCGCACGCGGGCGAUCCUCUUCUACCAGCAGCUGCGGAUGGCAGGCAAGUUAGGAAGCCCCAAGCCAGAUCAGUGUCGAAGUGGUGUGCGCGGUGUCUUCUUCGACAAGGAGGAGAAGUCUUGGGUGGCGCGGUGGAGUAACUGUGGCAUGAAGACCUACGCCAUGUUCAGCACCGAGGAGCUUGGCUUUCGGAAAGCUUACGAGGAAGCCAUCCGGGUUCGAGUCCAGAGCGUACGACAGAACCAUCAGUUCAUGUUUCAGCGGACGCGAUGGAAAGGUCAAAGACGACCGCUGGGACAGCCCCACACCUGA